AUGAGUUCCCAAGCGUUACAGUCUUCCCGUACACAUGUGAGAAAAUCGAUAAAAAAGGCCAGUUUUAGGUCAAAACACAAUACAACGUUAACUUACAUAUGUAUACUGUGUAUCGUGGAUUUCUUGAGCAUGCUGCCUCUUCCUAUGACUAUAAUCGACCAGAUUCUCGGUUUCUGGAUGUUUGGGACAUUUGCGUGCAAGCUUUUCCGGUUACUAGAACAUAUUGGAAAGAUUUUCAGCACUUUCAUAUUAGUGGCAUUCAGUAUCGAUCGAUAUUGUGCAGUUUGUCAUCCAUUACAAGUCCGCGUUCGCAAUCAUCAAACCGUUUACAUACUUCUCAGUACUAUGUUUUUAUUCACAUGCAUUUUGUUAUUUCCAAUUUUGCUAUAUGCACAUUCAAAGGAAUUAAUUAUACAUGAGAAAUUCGAUAUACCACAAAAAACCAUUACGAGGAUGCAUUUAUACAAAUGCGUAGAUGAUCUCGGUGAUACCUUGUUCAUCGUCUUCACCCUCUAUAGUUUUUUACUUGCUUAUCUCAUGCCUUUACUCUUUAUGAUCUACUUUUACUAUGGAAUGCUCAUACGGCUUUUCAAACAAGCACGAGCCGUUCGACAGUCCAUGAUCGGUCGACGAAAAGGAGUCGAUGAAAAGGUACAGAUACCAAUUGGACAUAUUGCAGUAUACACUCUAGCCAUCUGCUUGUUCCACUUUCUCUGCUGGACGCCAUAUUGGGUGUCUGUACUGUAUUCGCUAUACGUAGAAAUCUUCAAUCCCAAUGCAAUGCUUGAAAUGCCGUCAUUCAAGUUUAUAUACUUCAUGUAUGGAGUUCACGCUCUACCCUACAUCAACUCCGCUUCGAAUUUUAUCCUCUAUGGUCUUCUAAACAGACAGGUGAGACACAGUGCACUAAAAAUCAUCAUCGAUUACUGUAGCUACGAAUGA